AUGCCUACUCUACUCAAUGUGCUCACCAGGCCUAAUCCAGAGAUUACAGAAAUGUUGCAUGACGGUGGCUCACUUACCACCCAUAGGAGAUAUCCUAUAGUCUCUGGCUUAGAGGAAUGGAGCGACUUCAGCUACAACAAUCUAAUGACAAUGUUCGGACACAUAUUAAACGCAGAACUUCCCAGGGAUAUCCCCGAGCCCCCAGAACCUCGAGGCAUAAACAAAGAGGAUUGGGGAGAGGGAUCUGAGAAGUGGUUCUUUACGAACACACUGUUUCCGGUUUUCCUGUCUCGGAAAUACCGUAACCUCUGCCCGGGAGAUUUCAAAGUGGCUACAAAGUGGAAUCCGGAGGUAGAAGUAACAAACUUCAACCGUUACAAACAGCCUUUUCAACAGAUCCAGCAUUACGGCGCGCAGACUCAGGCGCGGUAUGGCUUUAUCAUAACACCCCGAGAGGUCGUCAUCUGUCACUUUCGCACGGAGAAGAUAGAGACUGGCAUAGGUGCCCAUCGGCCCCGGAGGGAACCAACGACUCCACCCACUCGGGCUCAUAUGCGGAAUUGGUCGGAUGUAACUGACCUAUCUCCUAUCAGCUCGGGAGUCGAUCGAAUGUCCUUAUCUGGUACCAGCUACAACGAGGACAUGGCUGAUGUCGAAUUUGCGCCUCUGAAACGAAUGCACAUCCCAUAUUCAGCAAAUGGGCCAGAUAAACUGACGGUCAGACUCGCCCUAUGGGGCAUAUGUAUGCUCGCUGCUGCACUCGGUGUUUGCACGGAUUUACAAUCGCAUUAUGACUAUGACCUGCACAGCUGCAUGAGAACCCAGGGCGGGUUUCUGCACUUGUCAACUGGGGCAGUGACGCCGCAGCCGCCUGAGGGUGCCCAGUUGGUUGAGGGGCCACGACCAACGGUCAUCCAGGCUCAGGAUCAUUCUUUUUUGGCAGACGCUGCCGCGCGAGAUCAAUCUGGAAGCAACUUGCUGAUUACACUCAGAGAUUUUACUCGUCCAGAUACAAAGUAA